AUGAUAGGGGAUUUCUUAAGAAUCCAUAGGGAUAUCGAUGAUGUAAUAGACGAAGAAGAUGCCCUUCUUAAGGAUACCACGUUUCCGAUGGGCACCGUAGCUACGUAUUUCUGUGAACGAGGAUUCGAGCUCUUGGGCCCAGCAAGAAGAGAAUGCCAAGCCGAUGGAAUGUGGACGCCGGAGGGUGUACCUUUCUGCGUUCUGAACGUGGCUGGUGGUAAGGCUCCCAUGCAGUCCAGCAGCGCGGAGGGCGGAAUUCCGCAACGCGCCGUUGACGGAAGCAGCGGUCAGAUUUACACGCCGCAAACCUGCACCCUAACGAGGCCCGAGCGUAGACCAUGGUGGUACGUGAACCUAUUGGAACCGUAUAUGGUUCAGCUGGUGCGACUGGACUUUGGCAAACCUUGCUGCGGCGAUGAUGUUCCCGGCACUAUCAUCGUUCGAGUCGGUAAUAAUCGACCAGAUUUAGGAACGAAUCCCAUUUGCAAUCGAUUCACCGGAACUCUAGAGGAAGGACAGCCCCUUUUCUUACCUUGCAAUCCGCCGAUGCCCGGUGCUUUUGUCUCGGUGCAUCUAGAAACUGCAUCAUCCAGCGAUAUUCUCGUGCAGCUGUCUUUGUGCGAGGCGUUCGUCUACACCGAUCAGGCCUUGCCGAUCGAAAGAUGUCCUCAAUUCCGCGAUCAGCCACCAGGAUCAACGGCAACUUACAAUGGCAAGUGUUAUAUAUUUUACAAUCGUCACCCGCUGAUAUUCAGAGAGGCUUUGGCCUUCUGUCGCUCACGAGGCGGCACCCUCGUGGAUGAAAGCAAUCCUGCUCUACAAGGAUUCAUCUCGUGGGAGCUAUGGAGACGGCACAGGAGCGACACAUCCAGCCAAUAUUGGAUGGGCGCAGUUAGGGAUCAGAAAGAUCGGACGUUGUGGAGGUGGACCGGAAGCGGCGAGGAAGUGUCUGUUUCGUUUUGGAGCUUACCGCAGGGCACUGAAGAGGACUGUGCUCGGUACGAUGGUAGUAGAGGUUGGCUUUGGUCCGAUACACCUUGCACAGCGCGACUUAAUUUCAUCUGUCAGCAUCAACCACAAGCUUGCGGCAGACCCGAGCAGCCGCCAAACUCCACGAUGGCGGUAACUACCACGUCAAGCAGCACUCCCGGCAACGUAUACGAAGUCGGGGCAUCGGUGGAAUACAGUUGUAACGUGGGUAGCCUUCUGAUUGGACCAGCGACCCGUACUUGCCUCGACACUGGUUUCUACAACGAGUUUCCGCCAGUGUGCAAAAGUAUUGAAUGCGGCUAUCCUGCAAGCAUAAAACACGGUGGAUAUACGCUUAUCAAUAAUACCGUCAAUUAUCUCAGCCAAGUACUUUACUCCUGCGAAGAGGGAUACGAGAUGACUGGACGCGCCCGAUUGACUUGUGAUAUCGACGAACGUUGGAAUGGACCACCGCCGCGAUGUGAGCCGAUUCUUUGCGACCCACCGGCUAUAGUCGCGCACAGUUAUAUCCAAAUAGAUGAGAUCGACGAGAGUGAAAGUGUCCCAUUGAAGAAUAACUUCAAUCGAAGUCUGUUAGUUGGUAGCAUCGUCACCUACACGUGCGAGAAGGGUUACCGGCUUGUUGGUUUCCGGCAAAUACUCUGCUUAGCUACCGGAUUGUACGAUCAUGUCGCACCCACUUGCAUAGAGGAAUCACGGACAACCGUGAGCACUUCUACCCGAGCGACGAUACGGUCAUCGACACCGAAAGUCCGGCCGUAUCUCACCCCGAGGAUUAGGACCACGACGAGCGCGGCAACAACCACUACUAGCACAACUUCGUUGCCAACUAGAAGAGUGCCUAAUACCGCGGAACUUCCAGCUACAGUGAGGGAGACUAUCUCGAAGAGACCGAGCGUUAACCUAAACAAACCCACGUUACCUUCAUCGGUACUCAACGACGCCGGUAGCGAUCAUCCGCAAGACAACGAGAUCUCCGGAAGCGGUGUGGAUCAUGCUCAAGCGGGGAUCGGCGCAGGCGUACCGGAACCUUCCGGCCCCUUCCGGGUAGAUGAGCAGCCUAGCGGCGCUCAUCAAGCCAAGUUGAAUCUAGGUGCUGUGAUCGCCCUAGGAGUGUUCGGCGGCUUUGUGUUUCUCGCCGCGGUGAUCACAACAGUGGUGAUACUCAUACGCAGAAACCGCGGAAGAAGCAGUAAACACUAUCGUCAUCGUGCAUCGCCCGAUUGUAACACCGUUGCCAGUUUCGAUAGCAGUUCCUCGGAAAGUCGAGGAGGUCUGAAUCGUUAUUAUCGUCAAGCCUGGGAGAAUCUGCACGAGACCGCCGGUCACAAGACCAGCCAUCCGCCGCUUCGUCGGAAGGAGACCCUGGAUGAACCAGGAUACCGAGAGAACUUUCGCGGUAGCAAUAACACCGAGCGCGACGGCUCGGAAUUAGUCGUCAGUGAUGUUGCCGCUUACCCAUCGAGCAAGCACGCCAGCAUCUCCGACAAGAAGCGUCAUCAUCAUCACCAUCAUCAUCACCACGGCAACGCGACACCUGAUUGGAGACAAUCGCAAUCCCAUCACCGAUAUUAAACGGAAGGUAAAACUAUAAAACACUUUAUCAUUGAAACGUAUUCGCUACAUCAUUAUUUGCGAUCAUGUGAAUGAUGAUUUGUAGAAGAUGUAGAGAGACUGUAGUGAACAUUUUCACAACUCUGUCGCGGGUCAAAAAAUCUUCCUUAAAUAAGGGAGCACAGCGAAUCUUCCACUAACAAGUUGUACCUAAGUAACGAAAUUGAGAACAAAAAUAGCCGAAAUAGAUCCUACAUAUAUUGUUCUAUUAUGUUAUAAAUGUUAUUUAUCGUCAUUCUAUUUUAUAUAUACGCGAAAUGUGUAAAUAUUAUAUACAUUGUAACUUAAAGACUAAGAACAAUGAAUUGUUACUCGUCGUAAGGAGGGUAGUAUAAGCUGGUCAGGAGAUAUGCCAAAAAGCACAAAAGUAAUAUAAAAUAACGCGAUCAAACGGACAUAUAGUAAUUUAACGCUUAAAGGUAAGUUAUUGUAAGAUUGAAGAUUUAUGUGUAAUUUCUUACACAUUUGAAAAGAUUUGUCUAACGAAAAAUCGGAUUGGCAAAAUUUAUAUCUGUAUUAUGGGUACCUUGGCCUCACUUUAAACGGAUUACUGUUUCCAGAAAAACGGAAUACUGUAUGUAUAAGUAUCAUUAAGGAAAGGCCGAUGUUAUCCAUUUAGGAGUAAAAUAAAUAUUAUAAUAACUGUUGUGCAUGUCUAUGCAAGUAAACGCGAGGACACGAAGACAUAUCUAACUAUGUAUUUGCCUAUGUAUAAUGUCUCGUGGAUCGCUGUUAUACCUCCAAUAUAUGCUACUUUCUCUACCGAGAAUUUGUAUUAUAUAAAUACGUAACAUUUAACUAUAGUUAUUAUCUAUGGAGCAUAUAUCUAUCAAGUUAUUGAAUUAAUAUAUAAUUAAGAAAUAAUACAAUUUGUGCAGUAUCUUUUUAUUUAUUGAUUGAGAUAAUCACUUGUGGUAUGACAUUGUACAUGCAUUUCCAUGAUUCUAUUUAUCGCAAUAAAUUAUGAUAGUGCCAUUUGGGGCAAACUUGUUUAACUUAUUGAAAAAGCAUUUUUGUCACUCAAACAUGGUACAUAAUAAAUAAUAUUAGCGCGCAUUCGUAUAUUACAUGUAUGCGAAUAUUAUUAGAUUUAAUAUCACAUUGUAUAAGAAUUUAGAGAGAAAAUAAACAUAUUUAUA